GUUAUGUUACUAGAGUGGCAGAUUAAAAAGGUGAUUUUCUGUCCAUGGAAAGAUUAUCAUGUGUCCGCCUGUCACUAAAGCAGAGGUACUUUCUCCUGCUCUGCGUGGCAGUUUGCGCACUUAUCAUUUACCACCGGUCAAGUAAGAGGUUGUUAGGAGGACGAAAAAUGAGUCGAACAGAGAAACUUCAAGCCAGUUCUUCUCAAUUCACGUUGGGAGGAAAACCAUUUCGUAUUUUGGGAGGAUCCAUCCACUACUUUCGAGUGCCCAGAUCUUACUGGGAGGACCGCUUACUCAAGAUGAAAGCUUGUGGCAUCAAUACACUCACAACUUAUGUGCCCUGGAAUCUACAUGAACCUGAGCGAGGGGUUUUUAACUUUGAGGAUGACUUGGAUUUAGAAGCUUACCUUCAGCUUGCAGACAGAUUAGGACUGUGGGUGAUUCUGCGACCAGGACCCUACAUCUGUGCUGAAUGGGAUUUUGGAGGACUUCCAAGUUGGUUACUGCGAGAUCCAAACAUGAAACUAAGGACAACUUACCCUGGAUUUACAGACGCAGUCAACACAUACUUUGACCAGCUGAUUACAAAAGUUGUUCGGUAUCAGUACUCUGCUGGAGGUCCAGUCAUUGCAGUUCAAGUGGAGAAUGAAUAUGGAUCCUAUGCUAAAGACACAGAAUAUAUGACCUUCAUAAAGGAAGCUUUACUGUCAAGAGGCAUCACAGAACUGUUGGUGACCUCAGACAACACAGACGGCCUAAAGCAGGGAGCAGUGAAAGGAGCUCUGGAAACAAUAAAUUUUCAGAAGCUAAACCCAAAAGAUAUCAAAUAUCUGGAUGACAUACAGCCCAAUAGGCCGAAGAUGGUGAUGGAGUUCUGGUCGGGCUGGUUUGAUCUCUGGGGGGGUCUGCAUCAUGUGUUCCCUGCUGAGGAAAUGAUGGCAGUUGUCACAGAAAUGCUAAAAAUGGAUAUGUCCAUCAACCUGUACAUGUUUCAUGGAGGUACAAAUUUUGGAUUCAUGAACGGAGCAUUAGCUGUUGGACUACCAUCACCAAAACCUAUGAUAACAAGCUAUGAUUACGAUGCUCCAUUAUCCGAGUCUGGGGAUUACACCACCAAGUAUCACCUUCUAAGAAAUGUACUCAGCCACUACCACACUCAGGACCUCCCUAAGAUGCCGUCUGUGGAUGAGAGAAAAGCAUACCAGCCUAUAGUCGUCCAUCAGCAUCAAUCUCUCUGGGACAGUUUGCAGUUCAUUGACAAGCCUUUUAAGUCUGAAAAGCCCAUCAACAUGGAGAAUCUACCAGUGAACAACCACAAUGGACAGUCCUACGGAUACACUUUGUAUGAAACCACCAUUCACUCUGGGGGAACCCUUAACUCCAACAACCACAUCCGAGAUCGAGCUUUGGUUUUUGUCGACAAAGAUUUUGUUGGUGUUCUGGAUUAUAAUGUCUUGGAACUCGUGUUACCAGAUGGAAAGGGAAAAAGAACAUUGAGCUUUUUGGUGGAAAAUACUGGCAGAGUGAAUUAUGGAACAACUCUGGAUGAACAACGAAAAGGUAUUGUCGGGGACAUUGAGUUAAACAAGCAGCCUUUGCGAGAUUUCCUUAUUUAUAGUUUGGAAAUGAAGCCCGCCUUUGUAAACAAAUUGCAAACUUCAGGCCACUGGCUCCCUAUGAAACAGAGACCAUCUUUUCCUGGGUUUUUCCAAACCAAACUGUACAUAAAAAGGGAUCCUAAAGAUACCUUUCUUAAACUUCCUGGCUGGGGAAAAGGUGUCGUCUUUGUCAAUGGAAGAAAUCUGGGACGGUACUAUUCAGUCGGUCCACAGCAGACUUUAUAUCUGCCGGCCCCCUGGCUCAACAGAGGAGAUAACCAGUUGAUGAUUUUCGAAGAGCAAGAAUCCGAUGGUAAGAUCCAGUUCACCCCCAGCCCUGACUACGGCAUGACUGUGGAUGUCCAGUGAACUGAGCCAGCACUAGAGCGACUAUGGAGAGACUAAUCAAAAUAUGUCUUAAGGGUACUAUAUCUAAUUUGCUUCUUUUUUCUUAUGCCUAAAAAUGACAAACAACAACUUAAUUUAAUGAUACUUUUUAAGUCCACAUUGGAAGUAUGUCUUUUGGUCUAUAUAAAAUGUUUGUAAACAUUGUGAAUUUUAGUUCUGAAUAAUUCAUGUUUGUAAUUCUUGUUUGUGAGAUGAUUCCAGGUUUGUAAUGUUGUGAUUAUUUCUAUGCUCAGACCAUUUGCAUAUGCCUGUGUGCCUAUCUUUCUAUCUAAAUAUGCAUUUGAGACUGUAAACUACCUUUUGUAAAUUUAAUAUGAGAGUUUAUUGUUGUGUUGUAAUAACAUUGAGCCAGGGCAAACCCAACCUUAUUCCCAUGGGAAGAGGGAUAGGCUUCUGUUUCUGCAAUACUAAAAUAACUGUGAAAUUCAAAGAAAAAGUUGAAUUAACAAAUCUUUACUUUGAAAAACGGAACUUGACGCAUUUUUUCUUCAGAGUUGUUUAUUUUCUGAUUGAACUAACAUCUUUCUCUGAGACUGAACUGCUGUGGCAAAGAAACACCUGUAAGAGUCACAUGCAUAAAGUGUGAACUGAUGAUGCAGAAAUGACAGUGGUGAGAAUGGAAACAGAGGACUUGUAUGUAAAGUGUAUUGUGCCAUAAAGAAGCCCUCACAAGGAAACACUUUAACUGACAGUAAAUACUGAACAACCUG